CCCUAGUCAAAAUGAAUGACAUUGACAUUUCAGUAAAUUGUUUGAUUCUAACAAUUGUUUUCUUUUGAAUUAGUUACUACUGUUGAUUUUGAAUAUUCUCUAAAUAUAUCAGAAUAAUAUUAAAGUACCAAUUACGUAGCAUUUAUUUACAAUGAUACUACGUUCUUUUAUUAAUUUAAAAAAGAGCGGUGUGUGUUCCAUUUGUCGUGCUGUAGUUAUACAAAACUGCAGUUACAGUGAGAUAUUUCAAACGAAAUAUUCAGAAGAAGAAAAGCAUAAAAUUUUGCAAGUUGUGAAUGAAUCAGAUGGAGGAUCCUUGUUAAGAUAUGGUAGAAGGUUUCUCUGACAAGUAUGCAAUUAAACUCUUUGAUAGUAUACUGAACGGCCCAUCAGAGGAUAGUAAUGAUAAAACUAAACCAAUUAAGAAAAUUAAAGGCACAAUUUUACAUCCAGUGUUGUCAUCAACUCUUAGGCAGAAUUGCAAGACAGUACUAGCAUUGUAUGUAUCGGUGAACUGUGUAUGUUGGACACUCAUAGAUCGAAAUGCUUAUGAAGUCUUAGAAUGGGAAUAUCAUGGAAUUGAAUAUCCAGACAGCAAAAAGUUCCAUAUCACUGAUAUUAUGGAUAUUGCUUGGCGUGUAACGCACUCUUUCCCUUUAGCCGAUAUAUGCGUGAUGAAAUCUGAAGCGACAACACUGAGAGCUUCCGGGAGUGAUCCAAACAACCCCAAAAUGAUGGCUGUGAACUUACAGAAAGCUCAAAUGAUUUCUAUGAUAGUAGCUCUGAUCAAUGCCCGAAGCAAUCACUUGAGCAAUGAUGAAGAUGGAGAUAAAUAUGAAGGUUCAGAUACAUUGAAACACGUGGUUUACUUUUUGAGACCAACUCUACCUUAUAGAUUAUACGGGACAUUAGUGGGAAACGAAAAGGUAUCAACAGAUCAAACCGUGGAGAUGAUUUUACAAAGUAUAGGUGAAAAGUCUAACGACAACUCCCGAGUUUAUAUAUCGGAAAAAUUAAAAUCCUUUUUUAGGAAUCAAAAGGAUUUGCAGAAAGAUAUGUUGGGUCACUGUUUAUUAUUGGCUCUGACGUUUAUGGAUGUCUGUAUAUAUAGAAGAAAAGAGAGCAUAGAGAAAUUAGCAAAGAGAUCAGACUAGACUGGAAUGUAAGAAUUAACCAAAGAACAUAAUAAAUUCAUAUUUAUUAUGUAGGAAGAGGAACUAUGUUUCUGAAUAAACUUAUUCUUAUAUGUGGGGCCAGCCAGACAAAAUUUAUUCAAAUCAUUUGAAAUUUUGACCGUUUUGUAUGGUUAGGCAGUGGCGCCACUUCAGACUAUUGUUAAGUGUAAUAAUUAGAAUGUUAAUCAAUAAAUUUUAAAAUAAAACGGUUAUUUUUGUUUAUCAUCAACCAAUCUAUGGAGUAUUUAGCUUUGCAAUUACACUAACAGGAUUAUCGGUUUUACAUUCACUACAUCACAUUCACUACAUCUGCAGAUGGAUAGACACUAUACAAGAAAAACCUUUAUUCCCAUAAGUUCUGUUGAAUAGUUCUUUCGACCGAAUUAAUGGUAUUUUUCUUCCUAAUAGUUCUGUGAAUAACUUAGUUAAUAGUGUUGUGAUUUAAGAUUAAAUGCCGAUACAACUUAAAUUAAUACGUUUGUGUACUUUUUUAUACGUUUAAGUAUUUUUAGUUAUUUCUCGAUUAAAGUUAUUGAUGCUGCUACAGGAAAAAUAACAUAAAAAAUGCAUUUAAACUUCGAAAAACAAAAAAUGUGUGUGUGUGUGUGUGGGAUUUCAACAUGAGCCUUUGCACGUCAAUGUAGCCAUUUAUCAGUUGCAUUUGACAUUUUUUAUCAAAUUACUAAUUUUAUUUUCAUUCUUUCUUUCUUUCAUUCUGGCUAAGAUUGUUAUAAUCAUAUAUAAUAGUCGUUUGUUUUAUUCUAAUAAUAGAUAAAUAAUAAAUAUUUCCGACACUCACACCAAUACUUAGCCUAGCCCCAAAGUAAGCACUAUAAGGCUUGUGUUAUGGGAUGCUAGGGUAACGGAUAGAAUACAUAUACUGUACAUAUAUAAGUAUACUUAUAUAAAUACAUAUUAAACAUCCAUGACUGGAGUACAAAUGCUCGUAUUCAUCACACAAACAUCUGCCCCCACCGGGAUUCGAACCCGGGACCUCUCGAGUCGGCGACAGCCAUGAAACCCGGCGUACAAACCACUCGGCCACGGAGGUCGUCUAAUAGAAUAACAGUUGAUAAUAAUUAUAGAACUAGUGUGAAAUAAAUCCCACUAGUUUGGUCAACGAAACUUAGUUGCAGAACUAGUGGAAUGAAGGACAAAUGGACCCAUUCAUUAUUGCAAUGGUUUGAUAAAUCGGAAUAAUAUUAAUUAUUAAAAAAAGUUCUAGAAAGGUGAAUAAUCUCGAAUAGGUAAAAUUUUAUAUCAUUGGUCUUAAAAUUCCAACGAGUUCAGCUUUCAAAUAAAAGAACAAUGGUUUAGAGAGAAGAGAAAAGAAGAUAUAUAAUCCAAUAAAUAUAUCUAUAUGUAAAAAAUCAUGUUGAAAUAUUUCAUACAGUUGUUGAAAUAAAACUGCUUGAUAUUGCUUCAGUUGGACUAAAAAGUGUUUAUUUGAUAAAAUACAACGAGCUUACUUUUUACAACAUUUUAAUUCUAUUAAAUGACAAAAAAGAAAAACAAACAAAACCUUUUAAUACAAUAAUAAUAUACAUAAAUACGUUGGUAUCAACUUCAAACUUAUUUCACGUAACUAACAUAUAUGCAAAAAACUAGGCAAGAACAUUACAAUUCCAUUAAAAAUAAUAAACUAAUUUCGUUUAUCAUUAAAAAUAAUAAUAUAAUCUUAACUUAAAGAAAAUAAAAGUCAUUAAUGAUAAUAUUAAAAGUUACAACGAGAAAGCCUAAUGUAAAAAUUCUUUUAGAUCACACAUACAGUUUUUAUCUUACCAAAGUCGAAUUUUGUUAUUUUUUUUAAUACUGAUAUUAUUCAUUUCGGAAGAUCUAUUAGAAAGUAUAUAUUUACAAAAUUUUCUUACAGUUUUUAUAAUGCCAACGUUUACAAUUUUUUCGCCAGGAUGUUUUGUGACCAUUUCGCAAACCAACUGUUCUUUAUCAUUUUGAUGAGAAAUAAUGUUUACUAUGGUAAAUUAAAAUAACUCUCAUUAAACUGUUGUGUGUAAAAAGUACGAUCUUGUAUUCUGGGAUUGCCUAAAAUCAAUAUUUUUAUAUUUAUCUAUUCCGGCGUCUCUGUAGGUAUGUGUGUAUGAAAAUAUAGCUCUAUUGUAACGUGUGGGCUGGCAAUACUGAACAUUUGACGUUCUUAGGCCAUAAUCUAUGGUAAAAAUUAAUUGCUAUGGCAACACUGCACUGGUAAUUACGUUUUAUAUAGUCCGUAAAACAAUAAACUUACCUAUCUAUUUAUCGGAAGACAAUAAUCAUAAUACAGAAAAAAGAAAUUCGUUAAUGUUGCAUUAACUAUUUAAAAAUAACUUCCAAAUGAAUGGAAGACGAAACAAUAUCACAUCAUUUAAUUGAGUACCUUAAAAAUAUACUCAGAACGUCGAAUUUUCAGCAGCGCCAGGUGAUAACUAUGUAGAAACCUAACAACAGUGUAAAUUUACCAGUCUAUUGUUUUAUAUUACAAUAAUUAUGUACAAUUAAUGAUAUAACAGCACCCAUUUCAUUAAACAAACCAAUUGCGCCUACAGACAAGCCGCCUAUCGCACUUUAAAUAAAUGUACACUUAAUAAUUGUAUGUAUGUAGGUAUAUAUAUUAUAAUAUCACUGGUUCAUUGUAUAAUUUGUAGAUAUUAAUGUAAAAUCUAUUGUUGUAUUGUAUAUAUGUAUACGGAGAAUUGUCUUCUUAAAUAAUUUGUUGUAGCAAAAAUAAGAAAGGUGCUUUGUAGGCGACUGGUCCAAGGGUGCAUUCACAUUGAACGAACGUGCGCACGAUUAAGUUUUAUCGUAAUUAUUUAUUAAUCGCUAAUAUCAUUUACAAUCGCCAUUGUGAACGCACUCGGUUGAUAUAAAACGUUGCGUCGAAUAAAAUCUGUAAAAAAUCAAUCCAGACUACAAGAUCAUUAAUCUAAUAUGUUUAUCUUUUAUAAAAAAUUCAACAACACUUAUUUUACUGUGGAACUGUAUUCAACAAGUCUCUAUUGUGUAGAAAAGAAGAAAAGAAUUAUUUUUUUCAAACACUUCUGACAGUGGUUGGCGAGUGGCAGUGUCUGCAAUGUCGUUUGGGUAUAUUCUAAUUAAUUAGUUCAAAUAAUAAUAGGCCAGUUAUAAGUUGGCUACCAAUUAUUUCUUGACACUCACUAUUAAUAAACAUUUUAAAAUCAAAAUUAUAUUUUUAUAAAAGUUAAUAUAAAAUAAAGUAAUUGUAGUAAUUCUGUUAUAUUCGAAUAAAAACAGUAGUACUUGCAAUUUUAGAGACAAAAUGCUCUCUCUCUUUAUCGAAUCUCUUUUCUAUAUCGAAAGAUUGAUAACGACACGGUUUGCUUUUAAACAGUUUUAUUUAUUCAAUAUUUUUUAAAUGAAUAUGACAGAAUCGCUACUUAAAUAUUUCGCCAAAUUUCAAGUGUAUUGCACUGGGACUGCACUUUCUGCAGGUAGACACUCAUAAUAUUUUUACUAAGUAAUAUAAAAUUGCAUCAACUGUACAAAUAAUGUUAAAAUUGAUAUACGAAACACACUUUGUGAAAUAAUUGAAAUAUUAUCUGUCACAAAUUAUAAGAAAAAAAAACUUUGAAUAUACAUAAGAUAAAGUAAGCACUUAAGACUACGGUAAAAAUGGAAGACGUACAAAUAAUUCGUAGCCAACGUAAAAUAAAUUAUGUUAUCAACUACACUAAGCUCGACUCUAAAACGGAUGAAAUUAUUUCUUCGUAACGCCCAAAGUGUAUUGAUCACGCUCGUGUCGGCAGUGUGAAUCGGUACAACUUUGACAUUUAACACCACGGGGUUUGAAAGCUUCUGUAUCUUCACGCGAACUGACAGAAAAUGGUUUUUAUGGUGUUUUUCACAAACAUUUCGAAUCGCCACAUUACCUUGGUCUAAGUUUUUCGUAAAUGUGAAAUGAUAUCACGUUUUCGAAUAGCGCCAUCUGUCCCCUUAUUUGCAAGCGGAAACUUAUUUGGCAUCGAUUUGACGACGACGCAAAGCGAACUUCCUUCAUCAAACGGAUCAAAAAGUAUUUGAAAAUCGACUGUGAGUUUUUAUCGAGUAAAUAUUUCAACAAAAUAGUGAUGUGGCGACUCUACAUUCGAGUGUUCAACGGACAACUAACAACACUCAGAAAUUCUGCACGAUUCUAAGCCGGACAUUUUUCAAGAACAAACUAUCGACUGUCGUGAGAUCGCUAUACGUAAAUGCACACAUUACAGAAAUAACAAUUAAUGCUGUUGUAAUUUCAUUAAUCAACUUAUUGCUAAUUCCCUAAACAAUGUAGUUUAGAGGCAGGCAACGAACGUUACACUAAACAUUGCUCAAGUUUAAAUUGUAUUAGAUACAAUUGACAUUUCGAUAAGUAUUUAUUAUUUUAAUGUUAUUAUUUUUAUGCAAAGUAUAAUUUCACAAUGCAAUCUUAUUCUCUCCUUUAUUAAUCGUAGGUAAACAACUUAAGUAUAAAAAUAAGUAUAAGGAUAUUUAGCUUGGUUAUAAGUAUAUUAUUUCAAAUGUACGAUUUGGAGAUUCGUCUAUAUGAAAGCCGUGAUAUAUGUAGCUAAUAGGCCUGCAUCUUAAUUCUGGUUAUACUUAUGCUGGUAAUGUAUAUUUAAUAAUUAUACAUAUACGAUUUAAGAUAAUCAGAAUUAAAAUUACAGAUUAUUUAAAUGGUCGCCAGAGCGCCAAAUGUGUUUUUAUACUGAAUUUAGUAUGGCAAUUAGCGCCAUCUGGUGAAAAACGGAGUGUACUUCAACAACCCCAAAAUAUUUUUAUUUUAAAUUCACAUUCAAUGCAAAGAAUUCUCAAAAAAAAAGAUACAAACGAACUGUUCCUCAGUGGUACAUCUAAAAAUGGAAAUUAAUCUAUUCAUAAAUAAGUUCAUUAUUAAGUUUAUAUAUUUCAUAUUCUGUAUUAUCAACAAAAUAAGAUUUAUGCUGCGGACACGCAAAAAAAAUUGUAACAGAUCUAAUAUUGCGGUCAGACAAUCGUAAAAAAUGUGCUAUCUCGUGUAGGCCCUUUGCAAUAAAGCAUUUUGAGUUUGAUAGUUCGCUGGAACUGGAUUUACUGUGUGACUGGGACUAUAUUAGCAUUUUAUGCACUGCUAUGUGGUCUUAACAAUGGAGUUUCUUAUUGUGUAAAAGAAUAAAAUAAUUUAUUGUUGAAUAGCUUGGAACUAAAAAUGUUUUCCCUAUUUUCAUCAAAUUCAAUUUAUAUAUCGUAAAAAACGGUCUUAAAUAGUUACUGACUUGGUAUAUUAUUCAUAUUUUUUUUCCAAAUAUCAUCUAGAACCACAUCUGAAAGUAAACAAAGAUUUUAAAGGUCUUCUAUCGCUGCGUAAAAUUAAUAUUUGCUACGCAACUGCAAUAGUAUGUUUAAGGACCGCUAGAUUUCUUUUUUAACAGACCAAAAAAAAAAGGAAAAUAUUCUGAAGUCGACGCGUAUAUAUUUUGUUUAUGUAAGUAUUUCAAACUAUCUUUAAUUCAAUAAGCAAAAGAAAUGUCGCCAGAAUACAUUUAGAAAAUAAUUUCAGAUAAGAUUGAUGGAUUUGGUAAUAUUAUUUUCCAUAUUAACGAUUGACCACCAUUGGACUGGAUUAAAUAAGGAUCACAACGUAGCUAUUGCAAAAAAAAACUAGUAUACAUACCUACACGAGUAGCUAUAAAUGUGGUGUCGAUUCUGGCACGAUCUCUAAAUCUAAACUUAAAUUUGACAACAGUGUAUCCUUGUCAUUCUCUAUACAGAAUGGAAAGGAGAGACUGAAGUUAAAUUUAGUUUUUAGUUUAAAGAAUCACGCCAGAAUCGACACCAGUAGGAACGAGACUAAAAUUAAAAACUUUAGGUACUAAAUAUAUGCGGAAUAAAAGCUGGUGAUCUGUUUGUCUUAUCUUGAAUUCGCUUGGACGGCAAGAUUGGAAACGGCAAAUAUAGAGCGCGUAUAUUAUUUAUGUAGGUUGUGACAAAACGUACAGACAUACAUAGAAAUCAGAAUGCUUAAGUAACAAAAAAAAAAAUACUCAGAAAAGCAAAACCGUGCUCUAGAAACUCGUAAAUUUACAGAAUCGUUAUUAAUAACUAACGUAACUUUAUAAUGAAAUACGUACAAAGAUUAUUUGAGCAAAACUUAACGAAAGUAUUAUGAGCAAUCAAAACAGUACCUACAGCCAGAGUGGAAUACUAACGCGAUUAAAGUUCUGGAUUUUUUUACGCUAAUCCAGAACUUAAGUGAGCAUUCAUAGAAUGGACAUUUAACUCAAUGCUAUUUUUUUCUAUAAUCGAAAAACGGCCGAAAGUCUCAAUUUUAUAUUUUCACUGGCAAUACACACAAGAAUUUUGAUAAUUUGUUCAUCUUAAAUGUCCAGACUAGAACUAAAUCAUAUUUAUGAUACUUACAUGUUAAAAUUGGCAUUCACAGGAAUAACGAGUACUUACGCAACACUGCCUUGAAAAUUUUCUGAUGAUAUGUAUUUACAUUAAAAACACGACGGAAAUUGAAUUAAAUUAUCCCGUUAAAAUGUUAUGUUUUGAUUUGAUAACAAACUGUAGGCACCACAGUCUAAUGUUAUAGUAUAUAUAUAAUAUAAAGUUUUAUUCGGUAAAUGCUGCAUUCUGUUUUGCUUUAUUAAAUAUGCUAUACUUAAUAUUAUUAUAUUUAGUUUUAUAUGUGGUGCCUAACUUUCAGCAAAUUAAUAUUAUCAUUGUCUUUAUAAACCAUACCAAACAAUGUCACAUAUAGUAUAUAUUAUUAUUAUAUUUAAUAGCAAGUUGUGGAAAAUUUUAGGAUCUUUCUUCAAUAAACCACGACUUUAAAAAAAAACUUGUUUCAUGAUAAUAUAGUUACUUAGCACGUUGCAGUAGGUACGACACUAACUUUAAGACUAUUUCACAUUUAUGUUUUUAAUAAUAUUGUUUGUAAUAAAUGUAUAAAAUAUCAUCUGUAAUCUCUGUAUACUUAAUCACCUUUGUUUAUAUUUAAAAUUAAAUCCAUUUGUAUCGGUAUAAAAUCUAAUAAGUAUAAAUCUGAGGUUAUUUCAUGGCUAUGGCACUGUGUUGUGUUUGUAUUCAAACUUUAUGUCAGGGCUCGCCGCGCCGCUCUCGCCCCCAUCAUAAAUGUACCUGCUUCUGUAUAAAAAUACUUAUAAACUAUUAUUGUGUAAGGCUGUUUAUUGUAGGGUAAUUAUCAUUAACGUAUAAUAGAAACUGAAUCUUGUAUAAGAGCGCGGGCGAGAGCGGAGCGCGUUGCCUCCGGAGGAUCACACUUCUUGAACAUUGUGGAAACUUCAGUCACAGAAGAUAAUAUCGUAUCUAAUAUUCUUCGAUAAUGAUGUUUUUUUUUGUCUUUUGUAAACCUCCAAAAGUUUGACAGGAAAAUCAAAACAGUAAACAAGACACGCUCAAAGCGCUUUCGGAAAACGGUUGCGCGUUGAAUCCAACAUGGCGUCAUCGCUGGUGUCAACGCAUACCCGCAUACAAUUUUCUCUAACUGCCCAAUGAGAUAAAUUUGCUUAAAAAUGCUAACAUAAUAUUGCAUUUCACUUUCAAAGUGAUAAAUAAAUGGUAUAUAAAGUGUAAUGUGACUCCCACAAAUUCAAUUUAUGUACUAUUACAUCUAUUUUAAUACAUAGUAACAGUUCUUAUCAUGCGGUAGGAAAACGAAACCAUCACAAUAAUAUCGUAAAAAUAAGCUAUGUCGUCUAUAGAUACAAACAGAGAUGAUAAAACGGUAAUGAGCCGGCCGGGGCACGCGGGCGUCGCACUACUGACAGUUUAUAGUCUGGGAGACUGGAGCGUGGUGAUUCAACACGAAAUCAAUGGAGAUGACAUAUUUCAUAUAUCUAUCUCUGGUCGCGCUCUUUACACCAUCUUGUGUCACUAAUUCUUAUCGUAUACCGUGGACGAGAGAAACAGAGGACGACGCGAGUUUCAACGCCGGCGCCCCCCAAGCGAGCGUUCCAAAAUUCAUAAUAUAAUAUCUUUAUUUCCCUAAGUCUAAUGUUAUUUCGCGAUGAAUGGUCGAAUUGCUUCGUAAUUCGAAAGGCGAUAGUCUAAGCUAAAUUAGAAAGAAGAUUACUCUGGCAUAUCUCAUCCCUUGAUCACACUACGACAAAGCACUUGGCGAUACAUCACACGUUCCCUUAAUGGUAAUUUCACUAAUCUCACUCUUCGAUAAUUUAUCAAAUCAGUCAAUAAAUGUUAAUAAGGCAAGUAAACAACCUUAAAAAUAAAUGCGAACAACUCAAAAAUUCAGGAACAUAAAAAGCGUCAUUUUAAAUUUUUAUGACGUUGCGUUUUGGCAAUUUCAUGAGUAUGUAAGUAAGUACGCGUGGAAAAAGCGAAUUUAUAAACGAGUCCAAUAAAUGAUACUAAAAUGAGAAACGAUUUUUUCGUUUCUUUAAAAGUGUUAAUGAAUUACGUUCCUGUCACUUAUACGAAAUAUUUUUAACGCUAAGUGAGCGAUUACCUAACCUAGCUAACUAUCACAGUCCUUUCUCAGUCUGACCCUUUCCUCAUAAAUGCAUUUCAAUUGUCACAUCGUUGAAAAAACUGGUAACAACCUAAACUAGGCCAACUAGUAUAGAAACUGGUAGAAAUUUUUUCAAAAAAAAAAUGCACUAUCUACACUAUUUGGCACCUACAACAAUGUAAAAGUCAUAUAUCGGUAAUACAAAGUUUCCACGUAAAUGCACUGAACUGAAUCUCAGUAUUAACAAAAUUAUGUAUUAGAUGGCAAAAGGUAACCUAAGUAGUUUUUUGGUUUACAUCCAUCGUUCCGUUUCAUCGAUGUCCUGACUCACUUCGCCGAAAAAUUUCUAAUUUGGACCUAAAGUUACCAUAUUUUAAAUUCUUUACGAUUAUUUUUUUAAGAUAUUUUGAGCGUCUUUAAAUUCGUUUACCCUCCUCUCGUUUGCCAGAUUUUAUCCCUUAAUACUCGUAAAUAAAAUUAACUUAACAAUAUCUACAAAAUAUGUAUAUUUAUUACAAACAGGCACAAUGACGUGCCGAAUCAUUCAUUCAUCGCGAAAUAUUUGUUACGUGGUAAAAGUUCAAAUUCUUAAUUUUAGAUUUCAACGUAGAGUUUUUUUAAAUUCUAAUCUCUGGUUCAAUCUGCUUAGAUUUUAUGAUGGAAAAAAUAAGAAAUUCGACCAGACGAGAACAAUCGAGAAACCUAAUGCUUACUUGGUAACUUAAUAUUACGGGGCAAAAGAGGUCAUCUGCACUCGCUUCUUUAACGGUAACACUAUUCGUGGAGAACAUUUGAACUGUACAUUCGCGACAGACUCGUCAUGAACAACGUUAUUUACAGAUCGAAGCUCGUUUUACAGCGAUCCGAUUUAUAUUAAGCUCGCAUAGCGAGUCGUAUACUGAGAAGGCGCCGCGCCGCGCCGCGACGCCGCCGGAGAGCAGAGGGAUAGAGGCUCGGCUCAGUACAGGCGGUCGGGGACGUAGAGGUCGUGGUGCGGCGGCGCGUGCGAGGGCGCCGGGUGCCACCGCGGCGGCGGCGCGGGUCACUGCGCCGGCAGGCAUGCCACCGGCGCGCCCGGGCCCACCGCCGGCUUGAACUCCCCGCCCGCCGGGAACUGCUGGAACGGCGGCGCGUAGCACUGCGGGAAGUACAGCUCCGGCUUCACCACCGCCGAUGCCGGCGGCAGCGGCCGAGGUGUUUUGUUCGCGUCCGCGCGCCUAACCUUCGCCGCGUGCGGAUUCAUGUGGUUGUCGAUGUGCUUCUUCACUUCCGGCUCGGUCGCGAACCGCCGCCGGCAGUUCGGCAUUGGGCAGCAGAACGGUCGGUCGCCCUGGUGCGUCCGCGUGUGCUGGUCCAAAAUAGCCUUCUGCCUGAAAUCUUUGCCGCAUUGCGUGCACUUGUAAGGCUUCUCCCCCGUGUGGAUGCGGAGAUGCUGAUUCAGGAUCGUCCGCUGUCGGAAGAAACGCGGGCAGUACACGCAGCCGUACGGCUUCUCGUUUGUGUGUAUGCGAAGGUGCUGCGUCAGAUGCGAUUGUUGCCGGAACCGUUUUCCGCAUUCCGGACACGGGUACGGUCGCGACUCUAUAUGUAUGCAGCCGUGUUGAAGGAGAGUGGACUUCUGCUUGAACUCUUUCUGGCAGAUGGGGCAUCGAACGUAGAGAGGCAUCGCUCGACCGCCGAGAACGUCUGGUAGUUUACCACCCUUUAAGUAUUGUAAAGAAAGACCGGAGCCGAAAACGGUGUGAUUGAGACCUUUGGUGUCCUUGAAAUAGGCGGGAUACUGGGCUGUGUCUCCAGGUGAAAAGCAGGAACCGCGCUGUUCACCGUUCUGACCGUCGGCGUCGCCGAACGUUGACUGAAUUUCCUCUUUGUUCUCAUCGGCGGGGAACGGCACAUCUUGCGGCCAGAGCGUCGGAGUCGUUCCGUUCUUGAAUAUCAGAUGCGGCGACACAUCUGCAAAAAUGGAAUACUUUGGUGAGUUAAGUGUCGAACUCGUCUAGUGUAGGGUUACCGACGAGUGGGUUAAUCGAACUGAGGACGGUUACGGGAUCGUCCGGCGAUCGGUUCCGCGUCUCGCGAGCGCCCUGCAAUACGCGGGCGACGAGGGGACCGAGAAUUUGUUUGAUAGGAAGGCCAAUGGAUGCGAGACCGAAUCGAACGUGGGGGGAGCGGCGGGGAUCGCAGGCGGCGCCGGCAGUGACAGCGGUCAGUGCGGGCGGCGCGCGCGGGGAGCCGGGAGGGGCAUAUAUGUGUGAAUUGCGCUCGCCUUGGUGUGUGCGGACGUGCUGGUUCAGGAUGGCCUUCUGGCGGAAAUGUUUGCCGCACUCGCCGCACGUAUAUGGCUUCUCACCGGAAUGGAUGCGUAGGUGCUGGUUGAGGAUCGCGCGCUGCCGGAACGAGCGGGGACAGUAGACGCACGCGUAUGGCUUCUCGUUCGCGUGGAUCCGGAGGUGUUGGGUCAGGUGCGACUGCUGGCGGAACCGCUUGCCGCAUUCCGGACAGCCGUAGGGCCGCGAGUCCGUGUGGAUGCGUUCGUGUUGCAACAGCGUUGACUUCUGUUUGAAGUCUUUGCCGCACGUGAGGCAUUUAAACAACCGUAGUUCCGAGUUGGGGUUGUGUUUCCGCGGCUUGGGCGGCUCAGGUUGGACGAUAUCGGGUAAGUGGCGUAACUCUGGCGCCGAAUAUUGAUCUAGCGGUCCUUCGAGCGACAAAACUCCACCGUUCUGCUUGAGAUAGUGUAAAGGGAAGCCGCCAGUUCCGAGCAUGUGGCUGGCCGGUCUAGUCUCUUUGAAAUACGGUGUCGCGUAUUGCUGUUGCAGGUCUGGUUGGGGGACGAAGCACGGCGUUCUGUCGAGGUGUUCCUGGUUGGGUUGGCUGUUGACGGUUUGCGUCUGGAGCUGUUGUUCAACUUGCAUGUGCUCUGGGGAGGUUUGCUGCUGUUGUUGCUGCUGGGCCUGUUGUUGCGCGAGGUGGUGCGAGGGGUCGUCGGAUUGGUCCGGGGGCGGGGGCGCGGGGGGGUAGGGCGAUGGCGCGGGGGAGGCGAGCUGCGGCUCGGGCUGCGGGGAGGGCCCGCCGGGGCUCUGGUGUUGCAUGGGCUGGUAGCCCCCCUCCAGGACUCCGCCCCACUGGGUGCCGGGCGGAGCGCGCUCCACGCCAUCCUUGUACAGUACGUACGGGGCUGUCGUAUCUG